AUGAGACUCCGCCUGCCUCUCUGGAGAGGCAAAUUCGCCACCAUCGUCAGCGCCUACGCUCCGACGAUGACCAACCCCGACGCCGUCAGAGACAAAUUCUACGAGGACCUGCACGCCCUCUUGGUGACUGUGUCGAAGGCGGACAAGUUGAUUGUGCUUAGUGAUUUUAACGCCCGCGUCGGCACAGACCAUACUGCCUGGAGAGGAGUGCUGGGUCCCCACGGUCUCCGCAGCUCAAACGACAAUGGUCUGCUGCUUCUCCGCACCUGCGCAGAGCACCGUAUUAUCCUGACGAACACGUUCUUCUGUCUACCGGAGCGAGAGAAGGCCACCUGGAGGCAUCCUCGGUCGCGUCAGUGGCAACUGCUAAACUAUGUCCUCGUCCGGAGGCGAGAUCAGCGGGACGUGCUGGUGACGAAAGCGAUCGCGGGUGCUGACGGGUGGACCGACCAUCGCCUCGUCAUCUCGAAGAUGCGUAUUCGCUUACAGCCUCGCAGGAGACCACAAGGUAAGCGACCCCCAGGUAAGCUGAAUGUUGCCUUGUUGUCUUCACCCGCUCACCAUCUUCAUCUCAGCAAUGAGCUAGCUCAAAGGCUAGACAACUGUCCUAUCGCUGCCGACGCCGCCGCUGCGAGAACGCCUCCGUGGAGAACCGCUGGUGUCAACUGCGAGACACGGUCCAGUCGACGGCGCUCGCCGUCCUCGUUCGCGCUCCCCGCCAACACCAGGACUGGUUCGACGACAACGACGCUGAGCACGAAGCUGAAGAUGUACAAGGCCGUCAUCCUGCCGACACUACUGUAUGGAGCGGAGACUUGGACGGUGUACGCAAAGCAGGCACGUCGUCUGAACCACUUGCACCUCAGUUGUCUUCGUCGCAUCCUGAGGCUGAAGUGGCAGGAUCGAAUCCCCGACACUGAUGUGCUGGAACGGACGGGAAUCCUCAGCAUCUACGCCAUACUGAGGCAAAUUCAGCUGCGCUGA